UUUCAUAUAAAAGCUAGACGACGUUAUUUCGGAGCUUCAGUUCUUGACAGGAAUUGGUGAGUUUACAUAUCAACAAUGUCCUUAGAACGUCAAGUGCGCGCCAAACUCGCUUCAAAACGCGACCCUCAACAAGAUAAAGAAGCUCAAGAAUGGAUUGAAACCCUACUUGGAGCCAAAUUCCCUCCAGGAGAAUUGUAUGAGGAUGUAAUUCGCGAUGGUACUGUUCUAUGUCAAGUUAUCAACAAGUUGGCCCCAGGAUCUGUUCCUAAGAUCAAUACCUCAGGGGGUCAAUUCAAAAUGAUGGAAAAUAUCAACAACUUCCAAGCAGCUAUCAAGGCUUACGGUGUAGCGGAUAUUGACGUUUUCCAAACAGUUGACCUUUGGGAAAAGAAAGAUAUUGCCCAAGUGACCAAUACUCUCUUUGCCCUUGGUAGGGAGACUUAUAGGCACUCAGAAUGGCCAGGACCAUACCUUGGACCUAAGCCAUCCGACGAAAAUAAGAGAGAAUUUUCUGAGGAACAACUUAAAGCUGGACAGACUGUUAUUGGUCUGCAAGCUGGACAAAACAAAGGUGCUACUCAAGCUGGACAAAAUAUUGGUGCCGGCCGUAAAAUUAUUCUUGGAAAGUAAAAAACAGAAGACUCUUUUAAUUAUAUUUUUCCAUUUUUUUUAUUUAUCAACAUUAUGUUGAACCAGAUAAUAAAAUUUAUUUACUAAU